AUGCGUAUUCCACCGAGCCCGCUCCUCGCCUUCGCGUCCCUCGUCGCCCUCGUACUCCCUGCCAGCGCCGAAAAUGUGCUCCGGUCGAGCUCCCUGGCGGCGUGCCAGGCGAAUUCCGGCUUCACGGCCAGCCUGUUCGAUGUCAUCUUCACGCCCAACAACAACACGGUCGCCAUCAACAUGAUCGCGACGUCGUCUAUCGAGGGCCACGUCAUCUUCGACAUCCGCAUCUCUGCCUACGGCUACGAGUUCAUGCACACUACAAUGGAUCCCUGCAAAUCGAACCUCCCUGGGUUGUGUCCCAUGACGGCCGGCGACAUGUCGAACCCCUUCAUCCUCCCCGUCACCCCGUCGGCAGCCAACUCGAUCCCCGGCAUCGCCUAUUCCUUUCCCGACCUGGACGCCACAGUCAGAAUCCUCGUCAACAUGACGGAUGGCGACCAGGCAGGGCAGAGCAUCGCUUGCGUCGAGGCAAAUAUUUCCAACGGAAAGACAGUUGACCUUAUUGGUGUGAAAUGGGCCGCUGCAGCAGUAGCGGGCCUCGCCCUCAUUGCCUCGGCCGUGGUGUCGGGGCUGGGCUUCUCUAAUGCGGCUUCCCACGUGGCGGCCAACACGCUGUCCCUGUUUGGCUACUUCCAGGCCCAAGCCAUGAUCGGGCUCUGUGGCGUGCCUCUCCCACCCGUUGUAGCCUCGUGGACUCAGGACUUCCAGUGGAGCAUGGGAAUCAUCAAGGUCGACUUCAUCCAGGACAUUUUGACAUGGUAUCAGCGCUCAACCGGCGGCACGCCCUCGACGAUCCUCGACUCGAUUCAAAACGUGUCGGUGCAGGUCGAGAAGGUGAAGCGCGCCUUGCCGAUGCUCAAGCCCGGCCUCAGCCUCUUCCGCCGUGCCGCGGCGCUGUUGCCCAACCCGAUAGUGACGCAGGUGACUACCCUCGCCAAGCGUGCCAACGUGCAGACCUUCUUUGGCAGCUACAUCGUCUAUGGGAUCCAGAGAGUCGCUUUCCGCGCUGCAAUCGAGUCUACGAACCUGUUCAUGACGGGCCUGACUUUCUUCUACAUCUUUGUGGUCCUGGCAGCCCUUUGUGUCUCCCUCUUCAAAGGCUUCUGCGAGCUUUCUGCAAAGCUUGGGUGGAUCAAGAGCGACACCUUUGCUGACUUUCGAAACGGUUGGCUUACUGUGCUCAAGGGGGUCCUCUUCCGAGUGACGCUUAUUGGCUACCCGCAGAUGGUGAUCCUCUGCCUCUGGGAGUUCACACAGAUAGAUUCGCCCGCCGAAGUCGUCCUGGCCGUCUUCUUCUUCUUUGGAAUGACGGGUGUCCUCGCCUUCAGCGCGUUCAAGGUCAUGCGGCUGGCCCGCCGUUCAGUCGCUCUCCAUCAGAACCCUGGCUACAUCCUCUUCUCCGACCCGCAAGCCCUCAACAAGUGGGGGUUCUUGUACGUGCAGUUCCGCGCCUCGGCAUAUUACUUCAUCAUACCGAUUCUUGGAUAUACGCUCGUCAAAGGCAUGUUCAUCGCCCUGGCCCAGGCCCACGGAUCUGUCCAGGCGGUGGCCUUUAUCAUCAUCGAGGUCGCGGCGCUUAUUGCGGCCAGCGUUCUCCGUCCGUGGAUGGACAAGAGCACGAACUCGUUCAAUAUCGCCAUCUGCGCGAUGAACUUUGUCAAUGCCAUCUUCCUGUUCGUCUUUACCGAUGUCCUAGGCCUCCCGCCGUUGGUUAUCGGCGUGGUUGGCGUUGUCCUGUGGAUCGCGAACGCCGCUUUCUCGCUGAUCCUGCUCCUCAUGCUCAUCGUCACGACGACCUUGGUUCUGUUCCACAACAACCCGGACACGCGCUACCAGUUCAUGAACGAUGACCGCACGUCGUUCAUGAAGUCGCAGACCCACUUCCACACCAACCCGGAGCUCGACGCGCUAGGCGCCACGGCGCGCGCCUCGGGCAAGUGGCAGAAGCCGGCUCUCGACCUCGACGACGACGGCUCCAGCAUGUCCGGCCCCGCCAACAUGCCCCUGCCCGCGUCCGGCUCCAACUCGGCCAGGAAUUCGUUGUAUUCCAACUCGGACGCCCACGCAAUCCGCCCCCAGUCCCAUGGUGCCGCGGUCCGCCCACGCCCAAGCAGCACGUUCCGCGCGCCAAGCCCCUUCACUUCGUCCAGGGAGCCCAGCCCCUUUGCUGGGUCUUCGUCGUCUGGCGGCCACCAGUCGCAGACGCAGAGGGCUAAUCACACGAGCGCGACGUAA